CUUUACGAUAGCUCACGUUCCAUGAAGCGGGCGAAAAGCUGAGGGUCCACAGGCGUCGUAGCUGAGAAGAGAUCUGAAGUGUUAACUCACUUAGCGUCUAUCCGGAGAUGAGCCAGGAUAACCCAGCCUUUUCGGAUCAGUCACCGCACGAGAAUGGCGGCGGCGGCAGUGUGCCGGGGUCCGCGACUUCCUACGACAGGGGGAAGCGCUCUGUCGUCAGUCUCACUGGUGGCGACCGGGACAAUCUCAACGACAGCGGUGCGAAGCCGACGCCGGAGUCUGAUCAACCUCCACCGUACAACAGCAUCAGGCACAAGGUCAGUGCCUAUUCCAUCGAGUACGAUCCCUACUUACGGCGUAACGUCGAACAGCCUAUCUCGUACCUGGCGGCACUGGUGCACAUGUUCAAAGGCAGCUUAGGCACGGGCAUCAUGGCGGUGCCGAACGCCUUCAUGCACUCUGGGUACAUCAUGGGCGUGAUCGGCACGCUUUUUGUCGGCGUGAUGUGCACCUACUCGAUGCACAUGCUGGUGCGGGCGCGUUACGAGCUGAGCAAGCGGCGUCGCGAGCCCAGCCUCACCUACCAGGAGACGGCAGUGGCGGCGCUGGAGUACGGGCCGCGCUGUCUGCGGCCCAUGGCGUCCUACGCCGGGCAUAUUGUGAACGUCUUCAUGUUAGUCUUUCAACUGGGAAGCUGCUGCGUGUACGUGGUAUUCAUCAGCAGCAAUAUAAAGGCAGUUGUGGACGAGUACUACAGUGGGCUGGACCUGAGGAUCUACAUGUUGAUUUUGUUGCUGCCACUCAUACUGAUAAAUAUGGUGCGCAACCUGAAGCUCCUGGCUCCAUUCACAACGCUCGCCAGCCUCCUGACCAUAGCAGGAUUCGGUAUCACCUUCUACUACCUGGUGAUCGACUCGCCUACACUCGGCGACAAAGUGCCUUUUGGAACGCUAGAAGAAUUUCCUCUCUUCCUCGGAACGGUGCUUUUCUCACUAGAGGCGAUUGGUGUUAUUCUACCACUGGAGGACAGCAUGAAAACUCCGAAGAGAUUCCGUGAGCCGCUUGGAGUACUUAACAUAGCCAUGGUUCUCGUCGUCUCUCUGUUCACGGUAACCGGAUUCCUUGGGUACAUGAAGUAUGGGGAGAAUACGGAAGGAAGUAUAACGCUCAGCCUGCCCAACAAAGAAAAACUUGCACAAUCUGCCAAAUUAAUGUUGGCAAUUGCAAUUUUUGUAAGCCACAGUCUCCAGAACUAUGUGAAUAUUGAGAUUGUAUGGAAUGGUUACCUAAUGGAAAAGUUACAGAAACAUCCUUAUAAGAUGUUGUUUGAAUACCUUGUUCGUAUCUUUCUUGUCACUAUUUCAUUCGUUCUGGCAGUAGCAGUUCCAAAUUUGGAGCUGUUUAUAUCUCUGUUUGGUGCUCUCUGCCUGUCAGCUAUUGGAAUUGCUUUCCCAGCCAUAAUAUAUUGCCUCUGCGUCUGGCACAAUGAAACCACUCAAUUCAAAUUUGUACUGUUGAUUUUGCGAACUGGUUUUAUAGUCUUGUUUGCUGUGGUGGGAUUUGCUGUAGGAACUUACACCUCACUUUCAAACAUUGUCAUUGAAUUCAGCUGAUGUCAUUGAAGAAUUCACUGAAAAAGAUAUAUUGGCAGUGGUAUUGUCGUGGCCAUGAUUGACAGCCAAACGUUUUAAGAGGACUAGUCACUGACACUUCUCCUAAAACAACACAAUGUUGAAGAAGUGCUCAGUUACAGACAUCAUAUGUCUCAUUCUUCUAACUGAGUAGUGGAAGUGUGAAUUCAUGCAGUUCACACAUGCAGUUGGUUCUCAACUCGGACAACAUACAAAAGCUGGGCAUAGAAAGCUGUUGCUGUGCACAUAAACCAUCUGAAAGUCCUUCUGCAAAUGUCUUUCAGAUGUUAUAAAACUUAAUUCAACAAAAUGUAUAGUAUCAUACAGUACUGAACUUGUUUGAAAUAUCUUAGCACAACUACAUAAUUUGGAGAACUGAAUUAUAUAUGAUCCACCUUAAGAAUGUAUGCUAUGAUAAAUGAACACAGUACUAACUGAAAAGGUCAACACAAAGUAUAGUUAGUCACCAGGACAUUAAAAUAUUUAUUGUUUUCUUGUUUGCGUAUUUUCCGUAGAAUUUGUUGCAAGGAAUAAUUUCAUUCCACCUGAUCCCAUACUGAAGUCUCUGCAUAAAUGAAUAAUGUUAUUUGUACAUAUAAUACAAGAGAUUGUCAGCCAUUACCCUCCAAACUCUCAAGCAAACAAACAAUACAUGUUUUUGUUCCAAUUAAUUGAGCAAGAGCAAUAUGUUAAUUGAACUUUAGACAAUAUGAUCUACCAUUAGUACUUAGGUGUAAAUGCAUAUUACCUCAACAUCCAAAAUAUACUUGUAUUAUCAAGUGCUCAUAAAAUAUGCAAAUAAUGAUUGUGACUAAUUUGACACUGUAAAUUGCCUGAUGUACAAAGAGAGAUCUAUUUUAACUGCAUGUAAAUAGAAAUUUAAAAUCUAUCUUGUCAUUUCAGUGUAACUAACAUUAGUUGUCAAAAAUGUAAUCAGCAGAAUUACGCAAUUCAAGAAGCAUUUUCAGGCUAAAAAUUAAUGAGAAAUUGCCUUCAGUUAUUAAAGAUGAUUGUAGAUACAGAAAGUCACAAAACUUUAACUGUUAAUAGAAUAUUUUCAAAUAAACUCGGUCAUCUUAUUGUUACUCUGAUGCAUGUGUUAGAUUUUAAACAUAUUAGUAUUAAGUAUUUAUUUGAAUAGUCUCCUUCAUACUGCUGUCUUAACAUAUGAAUAUAAGUAGUUAUUAUGAAAGUCAUAUUGUAGAGUUUGUUGAUAGUAUUGAAACCAAUCUUGCACAUUGUUAUUAUUAGCUUGUAUGUAUGAAUAUGCAGGAACUGUGAGUGUCUAUAUGUUGUCU